AGGUGGGCGGUAGCAGGGAGGAUAAUAGCUCCAGCCCAGAUGACCAACUACUCCCUCCAACAUAGUCGGUAACACAGCCAGAAAGUAACAGCUGUGUAGGAUAGAAGGAUUUGUCUGAAUAGUAAUUGCAACGAAAACUUUACAGUUGUCUAUUCAUAGUGAUCUAUCUGUUAAAAAUUGGGACUGACUUGUUUGACAAGAUACAAUUGCAAGUGCUACUACUACUAAGCUAGUACAGAGAAUAAAUCACCUAGAAGUUUUUCCUUCAAUACACCACUUAGAACGCAUACCAUGACUGCUGCUCUUCGUUCCCCACUCGUAUGGGUUGACUGUGAGAUGACAGGAUUGGAAGUUGGCAAGGAUGUGCUUAUGGAAGUGGCAGCCAUCAUCACAGACGGCGAUUUAAACCCCAUUGAAGAAAAGUUUGAGGAGACAAUCCAUGUCGACGACGACAAACUUCGUCAGAUGAACGAUUGGUGCAUUGAUCAUCACGGAGCAUCAGGUUUGACAGAACGUUGUCGGCAAUGCAAGCAGUCAGUGAAUCAAGUAGAACAAAAAUUGCUCAACUACAUUCAAAAGUACAUUCCUCGGCGUAGAGAGGCUCUCAUUGCAGGCAACUCUGUUCAUGCAGAUGUGCGUUUUCUGACCGUCGAAAUGCCAAAGGUAAUUGAGCAUCUUCAUUAUCGAAUCAUUGACGUCUCCACCAUUAAAGAGCUUUGCAGACGUUGGCGUCCCGAUAUUCCUCCCUUUAAAAAGCGUUUGGCUCACCGUGCCCUCUCGGAUAUUGAGGAGAGUAUUGCAGAGCUGAAGUAUUACAGACAACACUGGCUCUGUUCUCCCGAAAAAAAGGAUUAGCAAGUAAUUGGUAAGCUAAGAACAAUUAGUGCAUAGUGGAAAUUCAUGAAUGAAAAAGCUCGCGUCAAGUAGCGCGGUC